GUCCUAAGCACCAGUCUCUUAUGGGGACUUCGAUGCUACAGCGUACUCGUUGCAUUAAUUACCGCGUCGCUUGGAUUCGGUAGUUCUCCAAGACACGCAACACUCGGUGCUUCCAAUCAAGCCUUUCUGUCUUGCCGGACACCCAAUAUUAAUCGCACACAGAGACACAAAAGGUCGAAGGAAAGCCACGAUGUCUCGCUUCCUUCGUCCGCGCUCUUCUCUUCCUCUCCUCCUCCUCUUUCUGAAUUGCUUCUGCUUCCGAUCGGCCGUCGGUGGUGAGAGUCCGACGGCGUACGAGGUGCUGGAGUCGUACGACUUACCGAUAGGGUUGCUUCCCAAGGGCGCCAUCGGCUACGACCUCGACGCAUCCACCGGCGCCUUCUCCGCCUACCUCAACGGCAGCUGCAGCUUCUCCCUCGAGGGAUCCUACCAGCUCCGCUACAGCCCCACCAUCUCCGGCCGCAUCGCCUCCGACCACCUCUCCGAUCUCCGCGGCGUCAGCGUCAAGGUCCUCUUUUUCUGGGUCAACAUCAUCGAGGUUCGCCGCCUCGGCGAUUCCCUCCGCUUCUCCGUCGGCAUCGCCUCUGCCGACUUCGCCAUCAACAACUUCUACAUGUGCCCCCGCUGCGGCUGUGGCUUGAACUGCCCCGAUGACGACGACGUUGCGGCCGGAUUCAACCUCCGACUCCCUCAACUCCAUCCGGAUGCGGUAAAUCGCUCUUGAGCACUAUUAGCAUAUGGUAAUUUUAGGGCUUUGUAUGUUCCCUCGUAGAUCUGCCUCGGAUCAGGACGGAGCUAUCUCUAAUCACAUGGUGAGAUGGAGAUACAUUAAUAAACUCGACAUCGUUAAAUAUGAAGUGGAUUUGGUAGAAUAGUAGUAAAUCGAUUGACCUCUUGGUUAAUUCUUACA